AUGCCAGAGUAUUGGGACCCCGAGCAACCACUGGUGGCCCGCCAGCCAUGGAAGCUCUUGUACUCAUUUUGCUUCAUCGUGUCCGUUGUUGCACGUCUUCCUAUCUGGGCUUUGUCUUACACGAUUCCAUGGCUCCGACCAGUUCCGUCAUGGUCUUACAAGACCGCCCUCACCGUCAGCUUAUGGCGACAGGGGUUUCGAUUCCUCAGCAACAUCCGCUUUCGUACGGCACAGCCUCUGGAGCCAGGUUCUGAAAAGGACCUUUUUGUUGAACUCAAACCAACGGCCGACUUGAAAGCGUACACCGGGCUCCUGGAAAACCCUAGCGUCCAGCCAACUAGUGUCGGGGGGUUCUGGCUUCCAAGUCUCGAAUGUUUAUCGACAAUUUCAGCAAAUAAUAAUGAUAAUAACACUAAUAAUGCUUCCAAGAAUUGGGUCAUUCUCCAUUUCCACGGCGGCGGCUACGUGCUCAUCUCUCCGCGCGUCCCAACAACCCAACAAGGACCGAAGCAGCUCUGCGAAGAACUUCCAGCUGAUGGCGCUCUGUUGACAGCGUACAACUAUCUCAUCCACGAAAAAGGCAUUUCUGCGUCUCGAAUCCUCGUGUCGGGUGACUCUGCUGGCGGACAUCUCGCCAUCCUCUUGCUCCGUCAUCUUAUUGCGCAUCCAGAGACAGGGUUACCAUUACCGCGCGUCCUCCUACUGCACAGCCCAUGGCUAGACUUGACAGCUAAGGGCACUUCAGUCGACUAUAAACCGGGCUCGACACAAGACUACGUCUGUGACCCAUUUUUAAAAUGGGGCGCCACCACAUUCACGCCUGGAGGAGUGUCGCCCGAAGCAGAGUUCAUAAGCCCCGCGCUUCACCCAUUUAAAAGCCCUGUACCAAUCUGGGCAUCGGCGGGUACUGUUGAGAAGCUGUAUCCUGUUAUCGCAGAGUGGGUAGGCAAGAUGAGAGAUGCCGGUUCGACGAUUGAGUUGCAUGAUUUGAAGGACAUGCCGCAUGACACGUUUGCCGUUUCGACUGAAUGGGGCUUAGAAAGUCCGGCGAGAGAGGCGAUUCGCGCUGCGAAGGGCUUUCUGGAGCGUGUUUUGUGA